AUGAAAAUUUCAAACGUUGAAGAACGACGAACUAGUCAAUCAUCAAGUGAAGAAAGAACUAAACUCGAUUAUAUCAAAAUGCAUAACAAGAGCAAAAUAAAUGAACGUUCUGUUCAUGGUGUUGUUGCAUCAUUAAUAAAAGCGGCUGAAGAAACACGAUUAAAAACAACUAUCAAUGAAUCAAUUUCAUUGAAAAAUGGUGACAAUGGUAACAAUAAUGAUAAUGGUGAAUCGACUCAAUCUAAUGUUAUUCGACAAGAAUGUGGUACACAAACAAGUCCAACAACAUUAUCACGAUCAAGCUCGAAUAAUUGUAAUAUUGACGAAAGUAUAGCAAUGCUUUUGCAAUAUGCCGAAAAUUUAAAUAAUAACAAUAACGAUAAUGAUCUUUGUAAUUUACAACAUAAUCAUAAUCAACAGGACAAAAAAGUAAAAAUAUCAUAUGCAUGA